CAGAGCCCAGCAGGGCAGGGCACAGCACCGAUCGAGUAACCGAUCGAGGCCGGUCGAUCGAAAGCAGCAGUACGUACGCAGCAGCCAAAUGAGGAGCCGCCUCUCCCGCUGCUUCUGGCUCCUCCUGCUGUGCUACUGCUUCCUCUCCCGGCGCGCGGCGGCGGCUCCUCGCCUCCCCGUCCGAGCGGUGAACCUCGGCGGCUGGCUGGUGACGGAGGGCUGGAUCCUGCCGUCCCUCUUCGACGGCAUCCCCAACAAAGACCUCUUGGACGGCACGCAGCUGCAGUUCAAGUCGGUGACGCAGGACGGCUUUGUGGCCGCGGAGAAGGGCGGCGGCGCGGGGCUGGUGGCGAACCGGUCUCAGGCGUCUGGCUGGGAGACCUUCAAGCUAUGGCGGAUCAACGAGACGACCUUCAAUUUGAAGGUGUUCGGCAACCAGUUCGUCGGCGUCCAGAGCGACGGCUCGGUGGUGGCCACGGCGAUGUCGCCGGGAAAGUCGGAGACGUUCCGGUUAGUGCGCAACGCCGGCCAGAACAGGAUGCGGAUUAUGGCGGCAAACGGGCUCUUCUUGCAGGCGAACAAAGACAGCUCGGUGACAGGAGACUACGGCAAGAGCACAAGCUGGGGCGACGAUGACCCGUCGGUGUUUGCGGUGACCAGAGUGACGGGGCUACAAGGGGAGUACCAAAUCUGCAACGGAUACGGGACGGCAAAGGCCACGCCAAUUCUCAAGAAUCACUGGAGCACAUAUAUAGUGGAAGAUGACUUUAGGUUCAUCUCCGAAAACGGGUUGACAGCAGUGAGGAUACCAGUGGGAUGGUGGAUUGCGAGCGACCCCAGUCCUCCAGCACCUUACGUCGGAGGUUCACUUCAGACAUUGGAUAAGGCAUUCAAAUGGGCAGAGGAGUACAAUCUGGGCGUCAUCAUAGACCUACACGCAGCUCCUGGGUCACAAAACCCCUUCGAGCACAGUGCCUCCAAGGACGGCUCGCAGGACUGGGGCACUAGCGCCGCUAACAUCGCGCAAACUGUGCAAGUGAUAGAUUUCCUCGCAUCUAGGUACGCCGCGAGCCCGAGCCUCCUCGCAGUGGAGCUGUUGAACGAGCCACUAGCUCCCAGAGCAUCCCUGGAGAGCCUGAAAACAUACUACCGCGAUGGGUACAACGCCGUCAGGAAGCACUCGUCAGAGGCCUACGUGAUCAUGUCCAACCGGUUAUCGUCCCCAGACCCGACGGAGCUCCUUGAGUUCGCCGGUGGGUUACCCAAGGCCGUCGUUGACGUGCACUACUACGUGUUGUUCAACAGCAUGUUUGAUACUUUUACCGUGCAGCAAAACAUUGAUUUCAUCAAGACCAACUAUUCAAGCGCUCUCAGCACUGUCACAAAGCAGAACGGUCCUCUCACCUUUGUAGGCGAAUGGGUGGCUGAGUGGCAGGUGCCCAAUGCAACGAAGGAAGAGCUCAAAAUGUUUGCAAAUACACAGAUGGAUGUGUAUGGAAAGGCAACGUUUGGAUGGGCUUAUUGGACUCUCAAGAAUGUAAACAACCACUGGAGUAUGGAGUGGAUGAUCAAGAAUGGGUACAUCUCCUAGAAAAUCUAGGAUAUGUUUCCUACGUGCGCCACACGAAAUAACUUUGUAGAACGACUGAUGCAUCUCUAGUAAAAAAUGAUUGAAGGUGAAUAAAUGUAUUUCUAUUAUUUGGCCA